AUGGGACUCACAGUGGAUAUACUCGUCACAUAUGGCGUGUCUUCGGCGGGUAUCGACAUCCUGAGGUCCCUUGGUUUGGUGACAGUUUCCGAUCUAGCUACUUUAGACACUGAUUCCUUGGCUCAACAAGGGUUUAAUAGAAAGGAUGUGGAUACUCUAACUCGACUAGCGGUUGAGGUUGGGCAAGAGAGUAUUAAUGAGAGAUUUGAAGAAAUUCAGGAGGAACUGAGGAAAGUUUAUGAUCUCGGAGAAGAUCAUCUCCUACCGAUUAAAAAUACCUUUAUCAAUUUCCCACCGUCACAACUGCCCUCGUCUAAGAAAACUCCCCAGAGUUGCCCAGUUGACAUGUCCAUGACUCUUCCGAAUUCGCUUCAUACUACUGUUGGUAAGGAGAGUAAUUUGAGCCCAGUGGCAUCGUCUCACAGUCAAGAGAGGUCGGGGCUUUUAAAUUUGGAUUUACCUUUGUAUCCUAGCAUAGGGUCGAGGUUGCAUGCUUCGGGAAUGUGCAAACCUUGUGCAUGGUAUUAUCAUGCUUGUGGGUGUCGCCACGGUGCACAAUGCGAGUUCUGUCAUUUGUAA